AUGAGUGUAGAGGAUACUGGCACGAACGUCAUACAUGGGUGGGGUUGCACUCCCACUGGUGACCAUCCACAAGCAACUGCCACUUCUGAGAACAACUCCUCAAAAGGAUGCCUGCCCUCAACUUUCACGAAGGGCUGGAGAAGAACCACCUUGUACAGCAUUCUGAUCUUCUUGAUGCUACUUAUAUUCCUUAAUAUUGGUCUCACGUUGUGGAUUAUCGGUGCUUUAAAGCUGACAAUGAAUGGUGUUGGCCCCAUAAGAAUAGUAAGAGGUGGGAUUCAUGUAGAUGGUCAGACAUGGGUGCUAGACAAUUUGGUGGCAUCGACCAUCACCUCACAAACGGGGCAACCCAUCUCUAUCCACUCACAUCGUAACUUUACCGUGCUGGUUGCUGAGCCGGACCAACCGAAUUAUUCGAAGCUGUUCAUCAAGCGUGAUAACCUUGAGUUCAGCGGUCGCGCAUUGCAUGUGAACGAUGCACGAGGCAGUCCCGUGUUCUCUGCGUCGCGGGAUGAAGUGAGGAUAUUCUCUGAUUCGCUAGCUGUUGAUGGACCUGGCGGGGUCAAUAUUAAGACUGCUGUCCAAGUGCCUGUAGUACGAGCACCACCGGCCUUUGACUUACAUCUGGAAUCCCUGACAAGACGAUUAGACUUAAGGGCACCAGAGAAUAUAUUCAUUGAUAGCAGAGCUGGAAAUAUACAAAUAACUUCACAUGGGAACAUCAAAUUAGAUUCUGUCGUCGGUAACAUAAAACUUAAUGCUCAAAAUAUAGUGAUCAAUAAUUUAAAAGAAGCAAUUAGGACUGAAAAGCCUAAUAAAAAUAUAAGAGGCAUGAAAGUAUACCAGUUGUGUGCGUGUGCAACGGGGAAACUAUUCCUGGCAGCUCCGGACGCGCCAUGCAUCGCGCGCGAUGACGACACCGAACUCUGCCGAUGA